AGGAAAAGACCGGCUGCACCGAGGGACGGGCGAGGCGGGGCCUGGGUAGCCGGCUAGGGGGGAAGGAGGGCGGUGCUGGCAGCAUGACGGCAGAACCCCGCAGGGACCUCCGCAGACUCGGACCGCGGAAGGGGGACCAGCACAGCCAUGUUGGAGGCGUUGGGCUCCCUGGCGGCUGCCCUCUGGGCCGCGCUCCGUCCUGGCACUGUCUUGCUGGGGGCCAUUGUCUUUCUCCUCUUAGCUGAUUUUCUCAAAAGGCGGCGACCAAAGAACUACCCGCCGGGGCCCCCGCGCCUGCCCUUGAUAGGCAACUUCUUCCAAGUGGACUUUGACAAGGCGCACCUGUCGCCUCAGCGGGUAGGAGCGAGCGACGGUGCCCGCGCGCGUCCUGACCCUGAUCUGUGGAACAGGGGCCAUUCAGGCUACCGAGGGCGGGAGGACUGGGAGGGGGGACCCCCUGGAGGCUUCCCUGAAUUGAUCAUGUCCAAUGGCCAUGUAUGGAAAGAACAAAGGAGAUUUGCCCUGACAACUCUGAGGAACUUUGGUUUAGGAAAGAAGAGCUUAGAGGAACGCAUUCAGGAGGAGGCUGCCUACCUCAUCCAGGAAAUAGGAGAGGAGAACGCUAAUCAGGUCCUAGGACAGGUGCACUGA